GUUAAAGUUAAGCCGUGGAGAACUUUUCGAUUUAAUGAGUGUGUUUGUAAUCCUUACAAUGCUGAUUUUGAUGGUGAUGAAAUGAAUCUUCAUGUACCUCAAACUGAGGAGGCGCGUAUAGAAGCAAUAGAACUUAUGGGUGUCAAAAAGAACCUAGUAACUCCAAGAAACGGAGAUCCUAUCAUUGCAGCCAUUCAAGAUUUUGUCACAUCCUCUUUUUUAAUUACUAAAAAAGAUGUCUUUUACAAUCGUGCACAAUUUUUACAAAUCUGCUCAUAUAUGGCAGAUGCCGCUAUACACAUUGAUAUACCAUCACCUACAAUAUGGAAACCUGUUAAACUAUGGACUGGAAAGCAAGUAUUUAAUGUAUUAAUGCGUCCUAAUAAAAAAUCUAAUGUGUUGGUUAAUCUUGAAGCUAAAGGAAGACUAUUUGAAAAAAAAGAAGGAAGGAUUUUUGAUCUUUGUCCAAAUGAGGGUUAUGUAGUUAUUCAGAAUAGUGAGAUAAUGUGUGGUGUUAUUGAUAAAUCUUUAGUAGGUGAUGGUAAUAAACAUUCACUGUUUUACACAAUACUUUGUGAUUAUGGAUCUGAGGAAGCAGCUAAUGCUAUGAAUCGUUUGUCUAAAUUAUGUUCACGUUGGUUGGCAAAUCAUGGUUUCUCAAUAGGAAUAAAUGAUGUUCAACCUGGUGAACAGUUAAGGGAGAAAAAAGAUCAUCUGAUUGAAAUGGCAAAUAAAGCAUGUGAUGAUCUUAUUGAACUUUCAAAGUCUGGUAAAUUGGAAAAUCAGCCUGGGUGUAAUGAAGGGCAAACACUUGAAGCUCAUAUUUCUGGUGUUCUAUCAAAAGUCCGUGAUGAUGCUGGUCAGAUUUGUAUGACUGAGCUAAACAGACACAAUUCACCUUUAAUUAUGGCCACAUGUGGAUCAAAAGGCUCAAAAAUUAAUGUUUCUCAAAUGGUUGCUUGUGUUGGUCAACAAAUUAUAAGCGGUAGUCGUAUUCCUGAUGGAUUUCAAGAUCGUUCACUGCCUCAUUUUCCAAAACAUUCAAAAACACCUGCUGCAAGAGGAUUUGUUCGAAAUGGCUUUUAUAGUGGUCUAACUCCUACUGAGUUUUUAUUUCAUGCCAUUUCAGGUCGUGAAGGUCUUGUGGAUACUGCUGUAAAAACUGCUGAAACUGGUUAUAUGCAAAGAAAAUUGAUGAAGGCCUUAGAAGAUCUUGUGAUUCAUUAUGAUAUGUCUGUUAGGAAUUCAUCAGGUGGAAUGGUCCAAUUUUAUUAUGGUGAUGAUGGUUUGGACCCAGCAUUUCUUGAAGACAAUGUUUUACCAGUAGACUUGAAACGAAAUUUACAACAUGUUAUUAAUAUUACUUCAUCAGUGAACGAGAAAGCUCUUUUACCAUUUGAAAUAUUAGAAAUAACAGAAACAAUAUUAGAAAGUAAAAAUUAUGUGGAAUCAUGUACAGAAUCAUAUAUAAACUUAUUGAAGGAAUUUAUUAAAAAAGAAAUUGUUGAUAAACUUGUUGCAACGCGUGAAGCAUAUGGAUUAAUGAGAUGUAAUGAAAAAAUUGAUGAUGAAUACUUGGAUGUUGAAAUGGCAUGUGAUGCUGUUAUGAAGAAUGUUGUAAAUAAUGUACUUAAAAUUACCAAAUCACAGUUAUUAAAAUUUUUAGAUGUAAAUUUAUACAAAUUUAUAAGAUCAAAAAUUGAACCAGGGACUGCUGUUGGAGCACUUGGUGCACAAUCCAUUGGUGAGCCUGGUACUCAGAUGACUCUUAAAACUUUUCAUUUUGCUGGUGUAGCCUCUAUGAACAUUACUCUCGGUGUUCCACGUAUAAAAGAGAUUAUUAAUGCUUCUAAAACAAUAAGUACACCGAUAAUUACUUGUAAACUUGUUAAUGAUGUUGAUGUAAAAUCUGCUAGAAUUGUAAAAGGUCGUUUGGAGACAACUUAUUUGGGAGAUAUUGCCAAAUAUAUUGAUGAAAUUUAUGAACAAGAUCAAUGCUAUCUAGCAAUAAAAUUAGACUUAGAUGCAGUUACAAAACUUCAGUUGGAAACCAAUAUAAAAGAUAUUGCAAAGGCAAUUGUUAAUGAUCGAAAGUUAAAAUUGGAAAGUUCUAAUAUUCGAGUUUCUUCUAAUGAUCAAAUCGAUGUGUAUGUACCUGAUAAAGAAAUAAUGAAAGAUCCAUGUUGCCUAUAUUAUAGAUUACAGGUACUUAAACGUGCUUUACCCAAAGUUAUUGUUAAAGGUAUUCAAACUGUAACAAGAGCUGUUAUCAGUGAAGCAAAAGCAGAUAGGAAACAAUUACUUGUUGAAGGAUAUGGUUUGCGAGAUGUAAUGACAACCGAAGGUAUUGUAGGUACUGAAACAACCAGUAAUAAUGUUAACGAAGUUCACAAAGUUUUGGGAAUUGAAGCAGCCAGGAAUACAAUCAUUCAAGAAAUUCAAUAUACUAUGGGUCGCCAUGGUAUGAACAUUGACCCAAGACAUGUUAUGUUACUGGGUGAUAUUAUGACAUACAAGGGAGAGGUGUUGGGAAUUCAUAGAUUUGGUAUAUCAGAUAUGAAGAGUAGUGUGCUGAUGUUGGCAUCAUUUGAAAAAACAACAGAUCAUUUAUUUGAUGCAGCUUUGCAUGGUAAAACAGAUUGUCUUGAGGGUGUUAGUGAAUCAAUUAUCAUGGGUAUACCAAUGCAACUUGGGACAGGAUUAUUUAAGUUGAUAAGAAAAUCACACUUAGGUGAUGAAAGGCCACAAAGAAGAAAAUUAUUAUUUGAUAAUAAUGAGCACCACGUAAAUUUCUUAUAUGAUUCAUCACAAGUUUUAUAG